AUGACUUCCGAAAGAGACAGAGGCAAGUUUGCUGCUCCAGUCUGCAGUCCCUUCAACCUCUGCUCUCUGCUUCUUGUACUACUUAUUGCCCCAAUCAGUGACUGCAAAACAGCCAAGUAUUCCACCUACGAGGAAGAGUUGCCCGGCACCGUGAUCGGAAACCUGGCCGCAGAUUUACAGCUAAACGCGGCGGCUGGCGGCCCGAGCGGUUUCCGAUUGAUGCAAAAGUCAAACUGGUCCCUGGUCCAAGUUGGGGAAAGUGACGGGCAGCUGAUGGUCGGGGAGCGCAUUGAUCGAGAGCAGCUCUGCCAGGGGGAAGAGCCCUGUCUGCUCGUCUUCGACGUGGUGAACUUCUCCCGGGAGAAGUUCCUCCUGAUCCAUGUGGAGAUCGAAGUGAAGGACAUCAACGACAACGCCCCCCAGUUCGCCAAGCCGGAGAUGUCAGUGGAAAUCUCCGAGAGCUCGGCGCUGGGGACCCGGCUCCCCUUGGAACCGGCGCUCGAUGCCGACGUCGGCGCCAACUAUCUGCAAAACUACCAACUGUCGGCGAACAGUCACUUCGAGCUGGAGGUGCAGAGUAGGGCGGACGGGGUGAAAUGUGCCCAGCUGGUGCUGGUCCAGGAGCUGGACCGGGAGACGGCAGCUCAGUUCAGCCUGGAGCUGAGAGCCCAGGAUGGAGGGAGACCACCCCGGACAGGGACAGCCCAGCUCCAGGUCAGGGUCCUGGACUCGAACGACAACAGGCCGGCCUUCGAGCAGAGCUCCUUCCUGGUGGAGCUGGAUGAAGAUGCGCCGCUGGGCUCCGUGCUGCUGGAGCUGGAGGCCGUGGACCCGGACGAAGGCCUCAACGGGGAGGUGGUUUACGGCUUCGGCCCCGCGGUGCCCGCCGACGUGCGGCGCCUCUUCCGCCUGGACGCGCAGUCCGGCCGCUUGACCCUGGAAGGGCCGCUCGACCACGAGAGCAGGCCGAGCUUCGAGCUGGACGUGGAGGCUCAGGACCUGGGGGCAAACCCGGCUCGGAGCGGCUGCAAGGUCACCGUCCGCGUCCUCGACAUCAACGACAACGCGCCCGAGAUCAGCAUCACCCCGAUGGCCUCCAGCAGCUCCGGCCUCGCCUACAUCACCGAGGCGGCGGCCAAGGGCAGCUUCGUGGCGCUGGUCAGCACCUCGGACCGGGACUCGGGCCACAAUGGCCGGGUCUCCUGCACUCUGUACGGACACCAACAUUUCCAGCUGCGGCCGGCCUACGGCAGCUCCCACAUGAUCGUGACGGCGGCGGCGCUGGACCGCGAGCGGGAGGCCGAAUACAACCUGACGGUGGUGGCCGAGGAUCAGGGCCCGGCCCCGCACAAGACCAUCCGGCCCUACACCAUCCGGGUGGGCGACGAGAACGACAACGCGCCCUCCUUCUCCCGCAGCGUCUACCGGGUGUCGCUGCUGGAGAACAACCAGCCCGGGGCCUACAUCACCACCGUCCUCGCCCGCGACCCCGACCUGGGCCUCAACGGCCGGCUCACCUACCGCCUGCUGGAGCCGGCCUCCGCCCGCCUGGCCACCAUCGACCCGGCCACCGGAGCCAUCUACGCCCUCCGCUCCUUCGACCGCGAGUCGCUGCGGGAGGCCGAGCUACGGCUCCAGGCGACCGAUGGCGGCUUCCCGCCGCUCAGCAGCUCGACCACCGUCAGCCUGAGGAUCGCCGAUCGCAACGACAACGCGCCGCUCGUCACCCAGCCGCUGCAUAGCAACGGCUCGGCCGCCGACGUCAUCACGCUGCCGGGCCACGCGCCCUCCGGUUACCUAGCAACGCGCGUGCGGGCCCGGGACGCUGACGAAGGCCUGAACGCGAAGCUGAGCUACCGGAUCGUGAGCGGGGAGCAGGCCGGACUCUUCACCAUCCGCACGGACACCGGAGAAAUAUACCUCGGCCGCCCGCUCACACCCCCCACCGGGCCCCUGCGGCUCAUCGUGGCCGUUAGUGACAGCGGCCGCCCCCCGCUGUCCGCCACCGUCACCCUCAGCUUCACGGCGGCGGCGGCUGCCGAGCCUCGCGGAGGCGGGUCGCUGGUCCCGGGGAAGCGGAGCUGGGACACGUCCUUCAUCAUCAUCGUGGUGCUGGCGGGCGGCUGCGUCGCCUUGUUGAUGGCCAUCAUCGGUGUAGCGGCGACGUGCAAUAGAGGCGGAAAGGCGGCGAAAUGCGUGGCAAAUGCGUCAGUGUUCGGAGUUCAAGGCCACCUGUUCCGGGAGGAAGGCGGGAGGCGAGAAGAAAGCGGCGACAGGCCAGCCAGGAGCAGCGAGCUGGAAGCGGCGGACUUGGCGGCGAGGAAUGAGAUGGAAGUUGACAGAGCUCCAAAUUCAGAAGGCAUGAGGAAGGGCAUUUAUCUGCUUGAAGCAGACCAUAAAGUCGGUUGCACCAUUGGGGAGAGCUUUAUGACAGAGCCUGGUCUCAAUCAUGGAACUUUCUGUGCAGUUGUCAAUCACCAAGAUAGAAAGACUCUUACACAUCCUGGUCAAGAUAUAUUUAGUGGAAAAGACAGUGGAAAAGGGGACAGUGACUUCAAUGAUAGUGAUUCUGAUAUAAGUGGUGUUGGAGUGAGAAAAGGAAAUACACCUAUUGACCAAAGACAGAAUGGUCUGUUUCCCUGUCGGGAAGAAAGCCAACAGCCUUGCAGUUCUGACCCCCAUUACAACUUGACCUCUCAAAUGGCAGAGUGCAGCAAAUUCUCUUCUCAGUCAAAACAGGGCUAUAUGGUUGCUUACUCUUCAAUACCUGCAGCAUUACUACAUUCACCUAGUGGCGAAGUCACUUCAGCUUUGCAGGAUCACGCCUUAAAAUAUACUCAACAAUGUGGGCACUUACCAAAGUCAGGACCUCAAACUUCUGAAAGGGUUUUGCCCAGAGAAUCUGGAAGGACAGUAUCCUCAUUUCACCCGUCAGCAAUACAGAGACACAAUAAAACAACUUCAUCAGCACAUGGUGUUUCUGGACAUAGGUACCAAACCAGCUAUCUUAACACAGCACUCUCAGAAGUGGCCACUUCAUUUUGAACUCUGAAAGAAAACACUGAUUCAUUUUUAUCAUUGUUCAGUUGUAUUGGCAUUGACUGCCAUUAAUGUGCAAUAUAUUCACUUCUUCUGUGUCUACUUGUAGAAAAAUGUUUGGAUGAAAAUCUAUGACCUUGUGUAAACCAUUAUUGAACAUUUAUAGACACUUUUCAAAUAAUCUGUUUUGGAAUUCAGCAGUUCCAUUUUAAAGAUAUACAAUGCAAGCUCUAAAAUACAGCUACAUCCAAACUAUUGAUUAACCUAAUGAAAGAAAGAAAAGUUUACUGGUUAACAUAACAUACUGUAGUGUGAUGUUUUCAAUUUUUAAAUGUUUAUUGUAGCUAAUAAAUCAAGCUUAAAGAAUAUUCAGGAUAAAAUGAAAUAAUUUGUGGAUUAAUUAGGUUAUCCCUUCCAAUAAGUUGAAAGCUGGUUUUCAUCAAGCUCUGUUAGAAUACAUAUGGUGUUUAUAAAUCACUGUGGUGGUACCACUGUGAACACCUUAUUUGUAUAUAUUGAAAUUAAAUCAUUUACAGUAGGGAUAACUUCAGAUUAAAUUUAUGCAGAAUGCAGUGAUGGACUGCUAAAAUAGUAAACCGAGGAAAUCUUGCUCUCCCUGUUUAAAAAUAAGCGUAAAACAGCAGCCGCGUGCUAUUUGUGUUCAUGUUUUAAUACAUGGCAUUAUAUAAUAGUAUGAGGGAAAUUUAUCACUGAUCAGCUACAUGCUUUUGUCCACAAAGUGGGAGCAGGGAACGAUUGGAGAACAGAUCAAUACAUUCUCCUCCUCAAUCUCGAAGUAAAAAAAUUCAAGAUUGGCAGUGGCCUGGAGUAGGUCAUAUUCUUUUGUUUCCAGAGCUAUAAAAGUGAACCAAGGGAUUAGGAGAAAAUCUUAAGUAAAAACAUUGGGCAAGGGAUAUGCUGAAGGUUCAAAAAAGUUAAUUAAAUAACCUAAAACUGAUUCAUGCCAGACCACUUACAGUUACAACAACAUUAAUAACAUAGCAGAUAGGAGUAGCAGUAGGCCAUUUGAUCUUUUGAGCUGACUCUGCCAUUCAAUUACAUUGUAGCUCAUCCCAACUCGCUAUUCCCAUAUCCCUUAAUUCGCUUAAUACUCAUUUAUUGAUUUCUGUCUUUAAUAUAUGCAAAGAUUAAGCAUCCACAAUUCUCUGGAUUUGAAGUAUUCCGAAAAUUCACAAUCCUUUGAGUGAAGAAAUUUCUGCUCAUCUCCAUCCUAAUAUCCAACCCCUUGUUCUGAGAGUGACCCCUAGUUUUAGGUUCCCUAAUGAGAGGAAACAUCCUCCUCGCAUCUACUCCAUCAAACCUCUUAGGAUUUAAAUGUUUCAAUUAAAUCACCCCUUAUUCUUGUAAAUGUUAUGGAAUAUAGGCCUAGUCUAUUCCAUCUCUCCUCAUACGUAUUAUUCUGGCAAAUUACUAAUUGCUGCCUUUUAAGAUUUUAA